GUCCGUGUGCGCGUCGGACGAGGCGAACGGAAGCGCGGUGCUCCGGCGCGGCGAACUCGCUUACCCAGAAGCCCCCGCGACGCCUCAACUUACAGAACUGGCUUCUUGGGCUUCGGGAGUGUUUCCCAUUUAAACAAACAGUGCCGAAGAUGGCGGAGAGUUAAUGGUGUAAAGAAGAAAUUAUCGAUCCGGGGAGAGAGAUACGUCCACCAGAUUCCAUUGACCAGCCCACAUCGGACCACACCCCCAGAGAGAGGGGAGGGGGGCAUCAGAUCGUCCAUCAUCUUGGCGCCGUCGCAAGGUGCUGAUAUGUGUACACGAUGAGCGGAUUGGGGGAGAACUCCAUGGAGCCUCUGAGCUCAGAAAACCGGAAACGCAAACUCUCCACUUGCGACACGCCUGGUCUGGGGUGUGAGAGGAAGCGGCGGGAGCAGGAGAGCAAAUACAUUGAAGAGCUGGCGGAGCUGAUCUCUGCCAACCUGAGCGACAUCGACAGCUUCAACGUCAAACCAGACAAAUGUGCCAUCCUCAAAGAGACGGUGCGCCAGAUCCGCCAGAUCAAAGAGCAGGGAAAAGCUUCUUCCAACGAUGACGACGUCCAGAAGUCAGACGUGUCCUCAACUGGUCAAGGGGUCAUCGACAAGGACCACCUGGGGCCGCUGCUGCUGCAGGCUCUGGACGGUUUCCUGUUUGUGGUGAACCGGGAGGGCAGCAUCGUGUUUGUGUCGGACAACGUGACGCAGUACCUGCAGUACAAACAGGAGGAGCUCAUCAACACCAGCGUGUACAACAUUCUCCAUGAGGACGACAGGGAGGAGUUUCACAAGAACCUGCCCAAGACCAACAUAAAUGGAGUGUCGUGGAACGAGGCAGCCCGACAGAAGAGUCACACCUUCACUUGCCGGAUGCUGGUCAAAUUUGGCCAUGGCCACGGCCCCAUGGAGGAGGGGCCAGGAGGGCCACGCUACGAGACCAUGCAGUGUUUUGCUCUUACCCAGCCCAAGGCCAUGAUUGAGGAGGGGGAAGACCUCCAGUCAUGUAUGAUCUGUGUGGCCCGUCGAGUGACAGCCAUGGAGAGAACGGAGAGUUUCAACACCCGGCACGAGCUCUCAGGUAAACUGAUUCAGAUCGACCAGAACUCUCUGCGAGCUUCGAUGCGUCCCGGCUGGGAGGAUUUGUUGAGGCGCUGCAUUCAGAUGUUCCUUCAGCACAGUGACGGGCAGCCGUGGUCGCACAAACGCCACUACCAUGAGGCCUUUCUGCAGGGUCAUGCCGAGACGCCGCUGUACCGCUUCUCCCUGUCUGACGGCACUCCAGUCACAGCGCAGACCAAGAGCAAACUGUACCGUCACCCCAUGAGCAACGAGCCUCAAGGCUUCAUCUCCACUCACCUACUACAGAGGGAACCAAAUGGUUACCGCUCAGCACCAGGUGGGAACAUGAUGCCAAACGCUAUGCGACAACAGGGCAUGGGAGGUCCCAACCCAAAUGCCCAAAUGAAUGUGAAUACCGGUGGAGGGAUGGGGAUGGGGGGCAUGGGUGGCAUGAACAGGGGCUUCAGCAUGAAUGAGCAGGGCCACAUGGGUCACAUGGGUCAGAUGGGAGGCAGCUCUAUGUACGGAGGGAGUGGUGGAGGAGGAGGUGGAGGUGGAGGAAUGGGCAACCGCAUGAUGCAGAUGAAUCAGAUGGGGCAGAUGAAUCAAGUGGGGCACAUGAAUCAGAUGGGUCCCAUGAGUCACCCAGGUCAAGGCAUGCAGCAGCACCAACAGCAGCCUCCUUUCCAGAGCAGUGGUGGGUUUGGGCUCAGUGGCAUGAACAGCCCCUCGGGGAGCCCCAGAAUGGGCGGCCCACAGCAAGGGCUCCUGAUGUCACCCCGUAACCGAGGGAGCCCAAAGAUGGGGGCCAACCAGUUCUCACCUGGAGGCAUGCACUCUCCUCUGAGUGGCAUUGGCAGUGGUGGAGGAAGUGGCGGCAACUCCACUACCUUCUCCAGCAGCUCCCUAAAUGCGCUACAAGCCAUCAGUGAAGGAGUAGGAAGCUCACUCCCCUCCACCCUAACUUCCCCUUCACCAGCCCACAAACCAGACAGCUCUCCCAGUAUCCACUCCUCCUCCUCCUCCCAACCCAGUCAGUCGACCAAACCAGGCCAAGAUGGCUCGAAAAGCCCAGCUGGAGGGUUAGGGCCCGGACCCGGCGACCAUCAUCACCCCAUGCACCAUCACCACCAUCUUCAGCAUCCUCAGGCUGAGAGUUCUGGAGAUCGACCAGACAGCCAGGCAACUAUAGGGACUAAAGAGUCUGGAGAGGGAAGCAAUGAGGCGGGGGUGGCGAGCUCCGAACCCCCACGGAGGGUGCCAGACAGUAAAGGCCACAAGAAAUUGCUUCAGUUGCUUACUUCACCCACUGAGGAGCUGGGAAUAGGUGGCAGCGGGCCAACAGGGCCGCCUGUACCACCUCCACAAACCAGCAGCAGCACUCCUACAGGCGCAGACAGUAAGGAUACCACUGGAGGGAUGACCAGCCCUUCAUCCACUGGAGUGUCCUCUUCUUCUUCAGCCAGUGCCAAUCCAGGCCAGGCGACCGGGCCAGGGGCUGUGUCAGCAUCAAUGUCAUCAGCCCACUAUACAGGUUCACUGCAAGAAAAGCACAAGAUCCUCCACAAGCUUCUUCAAAACGGCAAUACUCCAGAUGAAGUUGCUAAGAUCACAGCAGAGGCUACAGGAAAGGUGUCACUCGGCGGGCAGGAAGGUGGUGAGGUUGGAGCAGGAGGCUCAGGGGCAGGAUCAGGCCCUGGGUUGAUCAUGGACCCCAAACAGGAGCAGCACAGUCCCAAGAAGGAGAAGACCCAUGCCCUCCUCCACUACCUCCUCAACAAGGAUGAUUCCAAAGAGCCAGUUGAUGUCAAACCCAAACUAGAAGAGCUGGAGGGGAAGGGACCACCAGGAGCUGGCAGUGGUGCACCACGGUCUGGCCCCGGAUCUGGGUCUGGCCCUGCACCAGAACAUCCUGAGAGCAAAAUCAAGUCCGAACCACCCGAUGACUUGCACAACCUGGAGUCCAUCCUGGGAGAUCUGAGAGGUUCAAGCUCUGACUUUUACCCAGAUCAGGCUGGAGGUGGAGGGACCAACGACACAGGAAACAAAUCCCAGGGUUGCCUUGACGACAGCCUGCAGGGAAGUCCAGGAAUGGGUCCAGGACCUCGGGGGCCCUUCCAAAGGGCCAUGUCUAUGGAUGGGAAGCCUCCUGGUGGGCCUGGAGGACCAGGUCGACGCCCCAUGCUUAUCAAGCAGGAGAACGUGAUGGGCAGCCCAGAUGGCUACCCAGGAAACAUGGGACCAAUGAAUAGAGGCAUGGUUCCCCAGAGGUCUCCCAUGGGGGGUUCAGGGGACUGGGGCAUGCCCCGUUCUAGUGCCAGCCCUGUGGGCUCAGCAGGCCACCCAUCCAUGAUGCGCCCAGGCAUGGAGUACAACAAUGGCAAGAUGAUGUCAGGAUCCAUGGUCAGCCGGUCCAACAGUUUACCAGGAACGAGGUCGAUGCUGCAGCAACAGCUAAUGGAUAUGGGAGGCUCUGCUGACAUGGGGAUGGGCAUGAGCCCCUUUGGCCAGCAGGGUCAACCCAACCAGUCCCCCUCCUGGCCAGACUCCAUGAUGAGCAUGGAGGGCAACAGACGCCAGUUUGGCAACACUUUGGAUGAUCUUCUGGUUCCACCGACCACCAGUGAGGGUCAGAGCGAUGAACGGGCGCUCCUGGACCAGCUGGACUCUCUGCUGAAUAAUACAGAUGGCAUCGCAUUGGAGGAGAUUGACCGAGCUCUGGGCAUCCCAGACCUCGUCAGUCAGACGCAGGGAGCAGAGCAGCAGCUGGAGCCUUUUCCUGGGCAGGACCCUUCCAUGGUGCUCGACCAGAAGCCACUGUAUGGACAAGGGUAUCCUGGACCGCCUGCCAUGCCUAUGCAGUCUGGCUAUGGAGGGAACCCUAUGCAGGGUCAGGCUCAGCAGGGCGGUUUUGGGCCUAUUCUCUCACAGAUGGGCCAAGGGGGCAGCUUCCCUGGUAUGGGAGGAAUGGGGGGCAUGGGGCAUCCUCGUGCCAACAUGAUGAGACCCAGGAUGAUGAGUGCCAACAAGCCAAUGAGGCUUCAGCUGCAACAGAGACUGCAGGGACAACAGUUUAUGAAUCAGACACGACAGAGCAUGGCCAUGAAGAUGGAGAACCCAGGGGGCAACCCUGGCAUGAGGCCCGGCAUGCAGCCUGGCAUGGGAGGGCAGCCGGGCUUCAUAAAUGCUCAGAUGAUGGCUCAGCGCAGCAGGGAGAUGGUCACCAUGCAGAUGAGGAGGCAGCGUAUGAUGAUGCUGAUGCAGCAGCAGCAACAGCAGCAGCAGGCGGCAGCAGCUGCUGCUGCGGCUGCAGGAGGUUUCAGUCCCCCUCCCAACGUCACGGCUCCUGGCGGCAUGGACAACCCCAUGGGGGGGCCAAACAUGGGCCAGCCGGGCCCCCAGCAGUUUGGCUAUGGAGGAAACUACGGGAUGGGCCAGCAGGGAGACCCCUCUUUCGGCCCAUCAGGGGGCAGCCCUCCUAAUGCCAUGAUACCUGGCCGCCUGGGACCUCAAAACCCCAUGAUGCAACAGCACCCACAGGGUGGUCCUAUGUACCAGGGGGCUGAUAUGAAAGGAUGGUCGCAGGGAGGGAUGGGACGUAACAGUUCGUACCCUCAGCAGCAGUUCGGGCAGCAGGGACCUCCAGGGCAGCAGCAGUUUGUGCAACAGGGGAAUCCAGGCCAGUAUGGAGGCAUGAUGAUGAACGGGGGCAUGCCGAGCAGCGGAGGAGGUCACAUGGGUCAGAUGGGCGGGCAGAUGGGUAUGAACCCAAUGGUAAUGGGACGCAUGCCUAUGGGGCCUGAUCAGAAAUACUGCUGAACGUCAGUGUUGAAGCGCUUGUCUCACUGUGAUCUCCGUUCUGAGAUGGGAGUCAACUGCAGCACUGAUGUGUGUGGAGUAGAGCAGGAGGUGUGUAGUGCUGCACUCCCACCAGACGGGGGAGUGAACUUCCCUUUGGACUCUCGGCCAGUAAUGUCAGUCUGGCAUCCCGAGGAAAUAAACACACCGACUGUCACAUGAAAACACACUGCGUUCCAAAAACUUGGAAAUGCUCCUUUACACACUCAAAGACAUAAAGAUCACCCCUGUGAUUCCUCUCAUAGACUGUAGUUUAAUAUUCCUCUCUUUCCGAGCGGUGUGCGUGCCUCGGUGAAUGCACAUCACUUUGCUGGACCAAACGCUGAAGGUGGACAAAUGUUGCUAAGACAUCCUCUCCUUUGUCGAAUGUACCAUGAAGCUGUAUUACACAUUUAAAAUGCGGGAUUCCUCCUCUUGUUUCUGAACUCCGUGGGCUUUUUCCUCCACCGCCUCUCCGCUGCUCCUGGAGGAUCUCAGUAAACUCGGUUCUCGAUGACGAGCCGUCAGAUUGUGACACUCACAUGAAUGUCAUUAAAGCAGUAGCACAUUGAUUCGUCCUCCAGGGCGCCGCCAGGCUGAAGUACGACUGAAUUACUUUGUUGGCUGAUUGCACUUUAAGGAAAAGCCAACAUCAAAAGGAUUGUGGCAAUAUAGAGGCCUUUUACCCAAGAAUCAAAGCAUAGCAGCCAACGUUUUACUGUUUAUUUUUGUGUGCGUGUUCUCCAAGUUUUUCCUCACUGAGAAAAAAAGGGGACUUUUUUUGAUUGGAAAUGAGUAAACUUGACGAUCUUUGCUCUGAAGUGGGAACCAGUAGAAAGGCAGUAAGCACAGAUUUUAUCCAAUGCUCUCAUCUACAGAUUUAUUACAACAGGGACAAUUUUUAAGUCAUUUUAAACUCACUGUUGAAGCAAACAGUCUCCUAUUAAUGAUGGAAACUCCACUUAUAUUUCUACAGAUUCACGAGGUGGUUGUUUUAUCAUUCAGGAGGUAAUUUUUAACUCAGAUCUUUUGGUUACCUUGCACCAGUUUACAGUGUUAGUACAAGUGCAGAAAUAAAAUCGAUUGCCACUUAUGAAAUUACAUCCAGAUUAGCUGGCACUGGAAGAGAAAGGGAUUCAGUGUUGGCAUGCAGAUCUCUAGCAAUAAUCCUUCCUCCUGGUUUUCCUCUAAGGACAAAGCUGAAGCAUCGUUUACUCGAAGCAACGGUACUGCAGUAUUAGACAUGCUGUCUUGUUUGGAACUUUUUGAGUUUUUUUUCCUUUUGCCUGUGAAUAUGAAUUGUAAAUAUGCUUCAAAUGUACUAUAUAUAAAUAUAUAUAUGCUUUUGUAGGUCACAUACUGUUUUUGCACAGAUUGUAAGGCUUAAUAUUUAAAAGCGUAAUUUUCUUAUUCCGUCAUAGGUCAGCUUUUAUUUUCAAUACUUUAACCGUUGGUUGGAAAGGAAGGGCCUCUUGUUUUUUGGUAAGCAGUACAUGUAGAUUUUCUUUCACACUGCCACUUUUCCUUCUCUCAGAAAGCACUUUUUUUUAAUUUGUGAUCUUCAAAUCAUGAACUUUUUAUUUUCCUGAGGACAUAGUCUUAGCUACAGAGGUGCUAGUGGGUAUUUUCUUUCUUUUUUUUUUAAAAUAAAUUAUUUUUCUUUCGACAAAAAAACUUUUAAAAACAACACAAAAUAUGCCUAUACAAAAAGAGUUGACACAUGAUUGUGUUAGGCUUCUAAAGGCCCAGAUGUCUUACCAGUAUGUGGGGUUGAUAUUUCCUUAACCUCAUGCUUCCAUUUACAACUCACUCCUGAGGUUUCUGUGCUCUGAAUUUUGCCGAUUUGGUCGUUCAGCCUCAGACGCGAGACUCGCAGAAAUCAGUCCCUUUGUGUAACUGUCCACGUUUGGUUUGUUAGCAGUCAUUUAUUCCUGAUGGAAGCAACACAGGAAGGAGUCUGAACCCUCUAAUUACCUGUCAGUCUUGACAGUGGCAUUUUUUUAGUUGGCCUUUGAUUUCUGUUGUAUUUCCUGUGAAACUUUUGUGGAGAAAUCUACCUUUGAACACAUGCUCAAUCCAAAGAUUUUUGUUUGUCAUUCUGCAGUGCGUAGAAACAGUUCCUGACGUAGAUCGUGCAAGUACUCAUGUGUGCUUUUACUGUUGCACAUAACCUAUAAUAUACAUCGAGCUAAGUAUGUUUAAUUGCAUAUAUUAUACCCCCAUCCGUAUGAAAUAGAGUAGAGAUGAGUCUGGUUCUGCUGAGGUGCUUUGAGUUUUUUGUUUGUGAUUGUUUCUUCCUUUCUGUAGACCUUAUGGCCAGUUGAAUUGUGGUGCUGCAAACCUUAAUUUCACAGGAGAAUGAUUUUCAGCCGGAAAAGGAGGUUUCAUUCAUGAUUGAUGUCAUUUAUGUCUCAGAAAUAGUUGCCUGGAGUCGUUUUCUUUCAAAAACACCAGUCUCAAUGAUGAAUAUGAAAGACUCAUCUGCAAAUAUUCAACAAACAAAACGAAAAAAAAAAAGUCUGCGUUUUGCUUUAAAGGAAAGAAAAUCAUCUCAGUGGUGAAUCGAUGGAGCUAAAGAAAAGAGAAAAUCAACAUCUGGGAAACACAGUCAUUGUUACAGGAUGUAAAAUACUAUUGCAUUUUUUCUUACCUUGUUUCUUGAUGUUAAUAUUGAUGUAAAUACAAAUUUAUAUUUAAACAUUA